GUACCUCCUAGGCACCUAAGCAACUAUUCGAGGAGCCUCAUUUCUACCUGGGUAGAUUUUUAUUGUUUUUUAGGCAUAUUAAACGAUUCCUUUUAUUUUUUGCGUUCAUUCACUCGAUCGCAUCCUUCAUUCUUUUCACACAUUAGUACAAGACCACUCUAAACAAACCGCCUCCGACAUUUCCCUCAACUCCUUCAUUGGCUUGACCAAUUUAGCCCCCAAUGUCUCAAUUACAUAAGUUAAACCCCGCGGACUAUCAGGUAGCAUGGAUUGCACCCCUUGAGAUCGAGGCUCGGGCUGCUUGGUAUAUGAUGGACAGAGAACAUCAAGGCAGAUUCGCGUUAGAUCGUGGGGACGAUUAUGUAUAUCGUGCCGGUAGCAUGUGCGGGCUCAACGUUGUCAUUGCGACUCUACCAGCUGGUCAAGUAUACGGGACUGGCUCAGCGGCUGCGCUUGCCAGCCAAGUAAAGAAAUUCUUCCAAAAUCUCUGGUUUGGACUUCUUGUGGGUGUUGCCGCUGGCUUGCCUAACCAUUCAGAGACCCCGUCACCGCAAGAUAUCCGCCUCGGUGACGUUCUCGUCGCUCUUCCUACGCCUGACAGUGCGGGGCUUAUCGGCUACGAUCUAGGCAAGGAGACGGCAGAUGGGUUCAAGCUCCUGAAGUCUGGAUAUGCCCUUGCCAACACGGAAGAUGUUAUUAGAUCUGCCAUCGGCUCUCUCAUGUUUCUUGCACCCGAAGAAGCAGAACGUUUCUUACCCUUUUACAAUGCGAUGAAGGAUAAGAGACAUAGAAAGGGUACAUUUAAUGAUCCUGGCCAACAGAAAGACAACUUCUACAAGAGAGACGAGAGUGGAAAGGAAGAGCUAUUAGAGCGAGCACCGCGGCCUGAUUCUGAAAGGACGCAAGUAUGGUACGGCGCGAUAGGUUCGGGUGAAAAGCUCGUGAAAAAUGCGAAAAUACGGGAUGAGCUACGAGAUAAAUUCAACAUCAUCGGGCUGGAGAUGGAAGCAACGGGCACGAUGAAUACUAUCCGCGUCGGCGUCAUCCGAGGCGUGUGCGACUACGGAGAUGAGCACAAAAACAAAGAGUGGCAGCCUUACGCGGCAGCUAUGGCUGCUGCAUAUGCUAAAGCGGUCCUGGCUGAAAUGGGACAUAGUUCAAAUACGUCUGAUGGAGCAGAUCCCCCACCGCUAGUGCAUGAGAUGCCAUCGACAAUAAACCCUAACCAGCCAAACAGAAACGGCAAGCCAGGCACAUCUUCCAGUUUCGUUGGCCGGGGCAUUCAAAAUUCGGGUUCUGGGAAUGCGUCGUAUGGUAAUAUAACUAUUGGUUAGGAAGUCCGGGCUUUGUACCUAGGUAGGUAGCUUGCAACAAUACCUACAUGGGGCGGUUGGGCUGAAGAGGGGGUUACAUUUGUAUUGAUGCCGUAUUACAAGUAUCUAUACUAUUAUUUAUUUAGUAGUCGGCAUAAGCAUCCUGAUUGUAAAGAUACCUG